GGAGGCUCGGUGGGAAUCAUCGGUCCCGAAGGUCAGAGCAGGCCCUCACCUCUUUGCUGGCUCCCAGGGCACCUCCAGGUGGCAAGAGCUGCCCACUCGGCACCAUGAGCACCAGCAUCGGCCCAGAAGCUGCCCCCAAACCGAGUGCCAAGUCCAUUUAUGAGCAGCGGAAGCGGUACUCCACGGUGGUGAUGGCGGAUGUGUCCCAGUAUCCCGUCAAUCACUUGGUGACGUUCUGCCUGGGCGAGGAGGAUGGCGUGCACACGGUGGAGGACGCCACGAGGAAGCUGGCCGUCAUGGACAGCCAGGGCCGCGUCUGGGCCCAGGAGAUGCUGCUGCGCGUGUCUCCCGACCACGUCACGCUGCUCGACCACGUCUCCAAGGAGGGCCUCCUGGCGCUGCGGGCCAAGCCGCCCAGCGAGGCCGAGUACACGGACAUGCCCGAAUGGGGGGCGCAGAGCCAGGCAUCGGAAGGCGGGGCCUGGGUUGGGGGGGUGUCUGAGCGCCCCUGGCUGGAAGGGUUUGCCAGGAGCGAUGAGGGUCGGGGAUCAGGAGUCUCACCCGCCCCCUGCUCUGUCCGCCAGGACAUACUGAACCACGUGUUCGACGACGUGGAGAGCUUCGUGUCGAAGCUGCAGAAAUCCGCGGAGGCGGCCCGAGUCCUGGAGCACAGGGAGCGCGGCCCCACCCCCGCCCUGCAGGCGCGGCUGCGCGGCAACAUCGCGAACCCCUCCUCCCCGGAGCUGCUGCACUUCCUGUUUGGACCCCUGCACGUGAUUGUGGAGAUGUGGAGGGGGCCUGGGCAAGUCGGGAUAAGAAGAACCAAGCAGCAAAGCUGGAGGAGCAAAAGGGGGGUCUGGGCACGGGCCGGGCAGCGGGUCUCAGCAGGGACAGCGUGCUGGGAGCUGCCUGCCCCCCACAGGGGGCGCCGCGGCCCUGAAGACCCCCCCUCUCCCUUGCACAGCUCACACCGACACCCUACAGCCCAGAGCAGUGGGGCCGGCUGCCUCCUUUCCCCAACCUUCCCCCUUCUCCUCAGUCACCAAGACCCGGAGUCAGAACCGGAGCCGGAACCGGAGCCGGAGCCAGCAGGGAAGUGGGUCCUGUGUAAUUAUGACUUCCAGGCCCGCAACAGCAGCGAGCUCUCGGUCAAACAUCGGGAUGUGCUGGAGGUCCUGGAUGACCAGCGCAAGUGGUGGAAGGUUCGGGACCAGCGGGGGCAGGAGGGAUACGUGCCCUAUAAUAUCCUGACACCCCACCCAGGGCCCCAGGGGAGCCGCAGCCCAAGCCCUGCCCGCGUUCUGGUGAGUCAGGGCGGACCCCUGGGUCUUGAAGGGAGAGGCUCUGGGAACCAGAUCCUGGGUCCUGGGGACGAGGGUUGGGUCGAGUCAAGGGCACCUGGCGGAGGAGGUGCUGGGGGGGGAGGGGUCGGAACUUUAUCUCCAUCAGGAGGGCCUGGGAGCCCUAACCGGUUUGGCUCAGUGUUGGACAAACGGCUGGCCCGGCAUGACGUGAUUGGUGGGGCUUGGGAGGCUGGCGUUCUGAUUGGCCGGCAGGCUGACCGCGCCCCGCUGCCCUUGCUCAGGACCGUGGAUGCGCUGGGAGUGCUGACCGGCGCGCAGAUUUUCUCGCUGCAGAAGGAGGAGUUCCGCGCGGUGAGCCCCGAGGAGGGCGCCCGCGUGUACAGCCAGGUCACGGUGCAGCGCGCGCUGCUGGAGGACAAAGAGAACGUGUCAGAGCUGGAGGCCGUGAUGGAGAAGCAAAAGAAGAAGGUGGAAGGCGAGAUGGAAACCAAGGUCAUUUGACUCUCCCCGGACCUCCGGGAACGGUGUCCGGGCGGCGGGUUUCCCCGCGCCCCGUGGGAGAAUGGACUCUGCAUGCAGACCCCCCGCCGAGGGAACCAGACCCCUGGACGGAUCGCGGACCUGUUCCGACCCUGCUCUUCCCAGUCCCCGUGGAUAAAACGGACCAUCCUUGCUGCACAGUCCUGGGCGAGGCCGGGCUGGAGCGGGAGGGGCAGGGGAAAGACCACGCAGGGACCGCGCUCGUGGCGCGCUCAGCCCUGCUUAUUGCCAUGUGCUGCCCCGUCUAUAAACAGCCUCCUCUUCACAGGC